UACAGGUUGCUAGGUCAAGUGUGUACGAGAGUUCGCUAUAGGAAGUGUGUUGAUUUGAGAGUGUAGUAACGAUGUAGUAAAUUAUUAAAUAUUUAUAUUCCGAAAGGUUUGGCCAAAGUGAGGUGUGUGUGAGUGAAACAAGAAGACAGAGCAGUUUGUUGGUGUACACCUGUGCAUAAUGUCGUUGUUCAGCACAGGGGUUCUGGUUCUCACCUCCCCUCUUCACACCCUCCCCCUCCGCUUCGCUCCUGUCCUUAAAUCUGCUGCAAAACUGGUGGAGCACACCCUCCACGUUCAUCUCCAGCCGGGUCUCAACCUGGAAACGGGCUGUGCGCCUCGCCCGAGCUUCAUUCCCCCGUCCGCGGAUCUCCCGGGCAUCAUAUCGCGCCUGUACAGCAAUGCGGCAGACAUCUGCGCUCACCUGGAUGUCCGGCUGCUCCUUGCUAACAUCGGUGCCCAACAGGACUUGGACCUCAACCCUUUCCCCUCUCCUCAGAUGCUUUCUCAUUCUCCAGAGGUUGUCAUGACAGAUUUCCCCAUAAAGGACCCCGGGCAGACGUCCAUGGUGGCUCGGUGUCUGCAGGCUUACACCGGAAACUGCUACGUGUGCUCGCCCAGCAUUUCCUCCGUCGUUUUGUGGCCCCAGCUAAAGGAAGCGAUAGAAGAGGAGGAGGAUAGCUGGGAGAAAAACAAUCUGCAGCCUGUGGAGACAUACAGAGAGGUGGUAGUGGGCGGAACCUUUGAUCGUUUACAUGGCGCACACCGGACCCUGUUGAAUAUUUGCUGCUUGAUGGCGAACAGGCGUUUACUGAUUGGAGUGUGUGACCAGGAACUGCUUAAAGGAAAGGUCUUGAAGGAGCUGAUCGAACCGUACAGCAGACGUGUAGAGAAGCUCAGAGAGUUCCUGAACGACGUAAAACCAUCCCUGCAGUACGAAAUCGUUCCUCUGUCUGACCCCUUCGGCCCGUCUGUCAGCGAUGCUGAGCUGCAGUGCAUCGUGGUCAGCGAGGAGACGAGGCGGGGUGGCGAGGCUGUCAACAGGAAACGAGCAGAAAAUGGGCUAGCAGAGCUGGUGCUGUAUGAAAUUUCUCUGAUUAAAGAUGCACAUCACACAGACAUCGAGGAGGAGAAGAUCAGCUCAUCGAGCCUGCGGACUCGCCUGCUGGGCACGCUUCUCGUCCCUCCCACGCCUCAGCCUGCUCUCUCCCGGGUCCCGUACGUGAUCGGCCUGACGGGAGGAAGCGGGAGCGGGAAGAGCUCCAUUGCUCAGAGACUGGAAGGACUCGGAGCUGCACGGAUCGACGCAGACCAGCUGGGCCACGAAACCUACCAACCCGGCACAGCUGCCUAUCAGAGGAUAGUGCAGGAGUUUGGCACAAAUGUGGUGAAGGAGGAUCAGACCAUUGACAGACGAGCCCUAGGGAGGAAGGUGUUCGGAAAUAAGGAACGGUUAAAAACCCUAACUGAUAUUGUGUGGCCUGAGAUUGCACUUCUUGUGAAAGAAAGAGUCCAGCAAGCUAAAGAAGACGGGAAGCGAGUGUGUGUGCUGGAUGCUGCUGUUCUGUUGCAGGCAGGAUGGACAGACAUGGUUCAUGAGGUCUGGGUGGCCGUUAUACCUGAGGAAGAGGCCAUGCGGCGUAUCAUGCAGCGGGAUGGGGUGAGUCAGGAGGAUGCAGUGAGGAGGUUACAGAGUCAGUGGUCUAACAUCCAGCUGGUGGAGAGAGCCAACGUGGUCCUGUGUACACUGUGGGAGCCGGACGUCACUCAGAGACAGGUAGAAAAAGCCUGGAAUUUACUUCAAGUCCGGAUACAGCAGGAAAAAAAAGAAGCUGGAUUUCAACCCUGAGACCACACACACACACACACACACACACACACACACACACACACACACACACACGUUAAACGCUUCUGGCAUUGAACAUUGAUUUUUUUACCCCCACAAGUUACAGCCAGGUGUUUGCUGGCUCUACACAAAGGCUGGUUGGGUUAAGAGAGGAAGUGUUUUGGUUAAAAUAUCAGGGCUUAUUAGUUUUAGGCUUCAUUUUUAUUUCAUGCAACACAGCUGAUUAUAAAUCAGCAUAAAAUGGGUCAUGUGUUAUUUCCAGCUGUGUAUUUUGACUGAUUUUCUCUACAUGAGGAAAACCCUUUGAACAUUUAAACCUUUUUAUACAACAGAAGUUGUGACAUUACCAUCCUUCAAACUAAAAAGAGAGACACUACUGCUGUUUUUUAACACGAUAUGCAGCGUCUUGAGAGCAGAACCUUUCUGCCGUUCCUCAUCCGGAGAGACCGAGGCGCCUUUAGCUGAUUUCCAGUCUGCCCAAAGAGCCAAAAAGUUAAACGGGGACAUUUUUCAGUUUUGGCUUCUGCAUCAUCUGGAAACGAAUCAGUGGACGGAGAGUAAAAAUUCAUAAUGUGAAUUAAAUUCUUUAUUAAAUAAAAAUCUUUACAGUG